AUGCCCGUUAACCGGAAAGAAUCAUCUCAAACGUUCGUCCAGCUCUCUCCCAAGGAGCGGCAGCAGGGAACUUCAGAGCUGAGCAGAAGAGUCCAGGAGGGGGAGAAGCCCAUAGUUAACUUGGAGACCACACCCAACCAGAAAAGAGCAGAGUCGAAUUCAACCCCAAAGCCUGAGAGCGCAGGGAAAUUAACAAAGCAAGCCGCUGAGGGCAAACCAAGACCCAGACCUGGAGACCUGAUUGAGAUUUUUCGAAUCGGCUAUGAGCACUGGGCCAUCUAUGUGGAAGAUGACUGCGUGGUACAUCUGGCUGCCCCGAGUGAGGAAUUUGAGGUGGGCAGCAUCACUUCCGUCUUCAGCAACCGCGCGGUCGUGAAGUAUAGCCGCCUGGAGGACGUGCUGCAUGGCUGCUCCUGGAAGAUCAACAACAAGCUGGACGGGACGUACCUGCCCCUGCCCGUGGACCAGAUCAUCCGGCGUACAAAAAAGAUGAUCAACAAGAUAGUGCAGUACAGCCUGAUCGAAGGGAACUGUGAGCACUUUGUCAAUGACCUCAGAUACGGUGUGCCCCGGAGCCAGCAGGUAGAGCACGCCCUGAUGGAAGGGGCAAAGGCUGCAGGAGCGGUCAUCUCAGCCGUGGUGGAGAGCAUAAGGCCCAAGCCCGUAACUGCCUGAAGGCGCUCGGGACUCCAAGCAGAGGAAGUACUCCUGCCAUCGGCAAGGACACGUGCCUCCUUGCCCCCCUUGCCUUCUCUCUCCAUAACCCCACUCGAGAAAACUGUGUGCUUCUGGAAGAAUCUAGAAUGUAUCCAAUUACCCCUCCAGAAAUACAUCCAAUAUAUGUGAUCCUAGAUCCGUGGA